CUCCAGCCCGGACAGGAGCCAGAGCCCUUUUUCCUUCCCCCUCCACCCCGCUGUCCAGGAUUUUUCUUUGUGUUGGAUGAAGACUGUAGAAGAGGGGCCGCCGAAGGGCUUUUGAUCUCGCCCCCUCCUCGGACCGGCAGGAGGGCAGCAGACAGCCAGUCAGCCAGACGGCCGCAGGAGGAGGGUGAAGGGAGGAAGCCCUCCACAAACCAUGCCUUUUCACAAGAGGACUGUGGAGCCCGUGAAGAUGUGCCGGCUGGACGAGGCUGCCGGGGACGAGGCGGCCGGGGUCUCCGGGAGAUGCGGAAGCGGCCCCGGGCCGGGGGAGCCGGGCCGGGCUCCGCAGCUGUCGGCGGGUGCUGCAGGAGGACCUGCGACGGCCGAAGGCGCCGGGGCUGGGGCCGGGGGGCUACUCUUCACUUCCCUGGAACAGGUCAGCGCGCACUCCCUGGUUUUCCUGCUCUGGCAGCUCUCUGACCUCUCCCGUUGCGCGGGGGACAUCUUCGCGGAGAUAGAGGGGCAGGCGGCUGCCCUGGGCCGCCGAGCCGCCCGACUCCACGGCCGUCUGGACGCCUUGCAAGUCGCGGCCGGCAGCCUGGACCACCGCAAAGUCAAAAUCCCUGUCUCCAAUUUAGAUGAGGAGAGUAGAUGGACGGUUCAUUACACAGCACCAUGGCACCAGCAGGAAAAUGUCUUUCUACCUACCACGAGGCCACCAUGUGUGGAAGACUUGCAUCGGCAAGCCAAGUUGAACCUCAAAUCAGUACUGAGAGAAUGUGAUAAACUGAGGAGAGAUGGUUAUCGAAGCUCUCAGUACUACUCUCAGGGACCAACUUUCUCUAAAUCCAGUUCGACUUGUGAUACCUAUAAAGAUGAAGAUGAAGAAAGUGAUCAGAAGUGUUCUGUCGAUUCCUCAGAGGAAGAAAAACUUAUUGCUACCAAGGGAGUCAGAGCUCCAACUUCAAAUGAUUUAUCUGAUAUUAACACCCAGACAAAUUGGACCAAGUCACUUCCACUGCCAACACCAGAGGAGAAGAUGAGACAGCAAGCGCAAACAGUCCAGGCAGAUGUGGUUCCUAUUAAUGUAACUGGGGAGAAUUUCGACCGCCAGGCCAGCCUUCGGCGGUCUCUAAUUUACACAGACACUGUCGUAAGACGGCCGAAGAAAGUCAAAAGGAGAAAGACUAUUACAGGAAUCCCUGACAACAUACAAAAGGAGCUAGCUACUGGCACUAGCCAGAAUGACUUCCGUGGUCACUCAAUGUAUGUCCCAGACCACUGCUCCACACUAGGAAGGCUUGACAACUAUCGAUCUGUUGUUCAGCGUUCUGAAACCAGGGAUUCCAGUUGUCAGACUGAUGAAGUAAAAGUUGUGCCCCCUUCAAUGAGAAGAAUCAGGGCCCAAAAGGGGCAAGGUAUUGCUGCCCAGAUGAGCCAGUUCUCCAUCUCAUCAGGGAACAUGUCAGUGAUGAGUGAUUCUGCAGGCGUUGUUUUUCCUCCACGCCUCCACAAUGAUGGAGGUUUCCAUAGCCUUCCUCGUCCUGGAACAAGGGUGUCCCUUCAGCCACUAGAGACACCACAAGGUGUUGUUAACCCUGCAGAGGACUUGGCUAGUAUUCUUUCCUACCAGACAGGUAAGCUGCAAGUUGAUGAGGGCCUUGAGCAUGUGAGAUGUAUGUCAAGGCUUGGGAUGUUAUCAAGGCCCAAAUCUGAGGAGUUGAGGCAUCAUGAAAGUGAAAAAACAAGCCCAGCUUGUGUUGUUUCUCCUUAUGCAACCUACUCUACCAGCCUCAUAGCAAAUGCCACAAUUUCUUCAUCAUCAGAGGUUGUUGCUAUUCACACAGUCCAGAAUACUGGACAGUUGGACAGCAAAAUCACCAGCUCAUUAUCUUAUGCAAAGACAAUGAAGUCCAGAGACAAUCUUGCCACCAGCAGUGCCAUAAAAGAUGAUCACCAGUCUUCCAGUGGUAACUGGAGUGAGAAUAGCUCUACACGACAUUCACAGACCAGCAAUGUAGCCAUGAUGACAUCCCUCUGUGACUCAGAUGUCUCUCUGAACACUCCAGGGAGCAAGGAGAAUGGGUCCCAAAAUGUUGCCUAUAACUGCAGAAACAACUUGAAUUUUCUAAGCCAUUUCCAGGAUAGUGAUGGCAAGAGUGAGUCCAGUUAUCCAGGUGAUAGAGCACAUGGUAGCAUAGAGUCCUGGGAAUAUAAAGCCUCAUGUAAUGAGAGGGCAUCCCUACACAAGCCAUGUUGUAUUACUCCUGGCUACUCUACUCCUGCUAGUAACAUGAGCAGCAGUAGUUUAGACCGAGCCUCAGUCAAAGAGGAUGCAAGUUCUGUCUACUCAGUAGACCAUGAUGGCUUCUACACUUCCAUGCAUAUGGACUCUGGACUCAAAUCAGGAAAUCUGUGCAAUAGCAGUGAUGGCUUUGGGAAUCCCAGGCACAGUGAGAUUAAUGUUUUUGAUGGUAAUGCCCAGAAAAACCCAAGUGACCGGUCACAACACUGUGAUAAAUCUCUGCCACGAAACAUUUCCUUAAAGAAAGCGAAGAAACCUCCCCUUCCACCUUUCAGAACAGACUCCCUUCGAAGGUCCCCCAAGAAAAAAACCCAGCCCAAUGGGCAGGUGCUCAAUGAGACUUUGAUUGCUACCCUCCAACAUUCUCUGCAAUUAAAUCUGCAGCGUAAAGAUAGUAGCUCCCCUUCCCAGAGCCCCUGUAGCGAUUACGAGGAACCGUGGCUCCUCCGUUCCCGUAGCCAGAGCACAGUCAGCACAAGCAGCAGCAUGGUAUCAGCCACAGCACCAAAUGUGUACUCCCUCUGUGCAGUCACACCGUCUCAGAGUGACACGAGCAGUGUCAAGUCAGAGUAUGGCGAUCCUUGGGGUUAUUACAUUGACUGCACAGGCAUGCAGGAAAAUCCGGGGAAACCCAGUGGAACAUGUCCACCUAAUGCUGUUGUCCCUUUGGGUGAUUUUUCCACCAGCCAUCUCCAGGAUGGAUCCAGAGCACCAGGUAUUCCACAGGUGUCUAGUGGACUGGCCAAACCAAAGAACAUGUCCCCAGAGAAGUCUCACAGGGUCACUUCCCCAUCUAGCGGCUAUUCCAGUCAGUCGAAUACCCCUACUGCGCUUACCCCCGUGCCUGUGUUUUUAAAAUCCAUCUCGCCAGGAAACGGAAAAUCAAAGUUGAAGCCCAAAGUGCCUGAAAGAAAAUCCUCUCUGAUAUCUUCAGUAUCCAUAUCUUCAUCUUCAACUUCUCUUUCUUCUAAUACUUCAACUGAAGGCAGUGUGAAUAUGAAGAAGUUAGAUUCGGCCAUCGGCACACCUUCCAUCCCUCCUCUUUCCCCAACAUCUGUACAUGCUCUUGAUCACUCCCCUCUUCCUCUUCCUCCUCCUCCUUUAGCAGAUACCUUGGAGCCAUCUACUGUACAACACUCCCCUCUUUUCCCUCCUCCACCCCCAGAAGCCCUUGCUUCUUCCUUCCUUCCAGCUGAUACAUGCUUUCCUCUUCCCCCCACAUCCUUGAGUGUGCCAGAUUCACCUGCUUCCUGGCCUCCACCUCCUCCUUCAUCUCUCUUUCCCUCUUCAGUUCCUCCACCUGCUCCACCUCUUGACCCCAAGUUGAUGAAAGAAACUUGGCCUUCUUUAAAAAAGUGUAGCCAGCAAGAUUCUUCUUGUGCUGUCUUUAAACAGCCUCUCACCAAGGAAGAAACCACUAAACCACCAAUACCCCUAAUAACCACUAAAGCAUUACAGAUGGUACGGUUGAGGCCUGUGAAAAAGCCCCCAGGAACAUCAGGAGCACAGCCAGGCAAACCAGCUUCUGAAACAGAAUCUCAGGAAAAUAAUUCUGUGGUUCCACAGGGACCUUUAAAACCAUCUUCUGCCUUGAAACACAGAGAGAGCAUCAAUGGAGCGGACAGCAGCAAAGACCAGAAUGUCCCUUUUAAAAACACGCUUGCAGCUCCUGCAAAGGGCUCAUGUUGGGGUCAGCACAGCAGGGCAGCUGAGCUUGUCACCCUUCAAAGACAUGGAGAUGCGGCUCAUGCCGUACCAUGUUCUGGAGCGUCCUUUGCAGGAACAAAUGCUGAGGAAGGAGUGCAGACUUCUGGGCAGGAUGAGGAAUCUCCUGGCCCCAGGACUGCAUUGCUCCAGGAGCAGCCCAGCUCUCCAAAAGAGACACAUGGCUCCUCACCCAGUAGGAAACCACCUCCUAUUUCAAAGAAACCCAAACUGUUCCUUGUCGUGCCACCUCCGCACAUAGAUUUCACAGCAGAGAAAACAACCAACAUGAAUGAAAGUGUCAGCAGCCCAGCCAGGGGAGAGGUAGUUGAUAUGAAUGGCAAAGAGGCAAAAGAGGGUUCUGCAGGAGGACCUGGUUCUGCUGAGACAGACUUUGAGAGCUUGGUGCCAGAGGGAGGAGCUGCGGGAUCCACCUUCCUUGCAGCAGUGGAAGCGGAUGUCUAUAUGGUACAGCCUGGUGCAUCACCAGCUCAAGGAGCUCCUAAGCAGGAGGAGCCAAGCACUUCAGAUGAAGGCAGCAGAAUAGAGAGCAGUGAAGAUCGUGGUGGUAACGUGGGCAGUCCCCUCUCUCGAGACGAUGGAAACAGUGGGGUGUUUGAGGCUGACAUGGUGUGUACCUCCCCUUGCCUUAAGGAAGAUGGGGGUGAUGAGGUGACAACCCCAAGUAGACCCAGGACAACAGAAGAUCUUUUUGCAGCUAUCCACAGAUCUAAACGGAAAGUCCUUGGCCGGAAGGAUUCCGAUGAUGAUCAUUCCCGAAACCAUUCUCCAUCACCCCCAGUAACACCCACUGGUGCUGCCCCCAGCCUGGCUUCCCUUAAACAAGCAGGAUCGAUACAGAGAAGUAUUCGUAAGAGUAGUACCAGCAGUGAUAACUUCAAAGCUCUGCUGCUGAAAAAGGGGAGCCGGACAGAUGCCAGCUCUCGAAUGUCAGCAGCUGAGAUGCUGAAGAAUACAGACCCAAGGUUUCAAAGAUCCAGGUCAGAGCCCUCACCAGACACCCCUGACAGCCCUUCAAGCUGCUCUCCAAACAAGAACAGGAGGGCCCAGGAGGAGUGGGCCAAGAAUGAAGGCCUGAUGCCAAGGAGUCUGUCCUUCUCUGGCACUAGGUAUGGCCGGAGUCGGACACCACCUUCUGCAGCAAGCAGCAGGUAUAGCAUGAGGAACCGAAUUCAAAGCAGCCCCAUGACUGUCAUUUCUGAGGGAGAAGGAGAAGCAAUGGAAUCCACAGAGAACAGAAUCCAUCGGACUUCAGGAGUUGGGAGGGAGAAAGAAACGGAUGGAUUUACCGGGAAUGAAAUGGACUCUAGUGAACUUCCCCAUUCUGAAGAGCAUGGCUCCAAGGGGGCCCAGGCUCCUAACCAUUUAGAUGCAAAGGAUAAGGCAGUUAGUCAGGCUUUAUCAGGACAGUGUAGAAGUUCUUUAAGGGAAGAGAGUUAGGCAUCAAGGAUGAAUGUACUUUCCAUCUUAGUAUUCCAUAUGAUAUGCACAGGGAAUGAGGUAUGGGUACCAGGAGUAAUCCCAGAUUGGUACCAUUCACUUUGCUGAGUGUUGAUUUCACUUUGCUGAGUGUUGAUUACACUCUGUGUUUGUGCUGCAUGCCAGAUCAUUGCUGGCUCUACAUGGUAGAGGAAGGUCAUAUAGGGCUUACAUGGUAUCUGUACCCUCUGGAUUAAAAGCAAUUACAACCUUAACUUCUGAAAGUCCUUUCUGGGGAAAACUUUUCCUAGAUCCUGGGGACAUAAGGGUAUAUGUGCAUUUGGGGAGACUUUUUUUUUAAUGGGUAAGAAAGUAUAGGAGCAAAGAGGUCAACCUAGGUAAACUGGAAGCUUCUGGGACACAAGAUGGUUGUUGCUUUGUGAUAUAUUUAUCAAAUUUAGUGAGUUCCAUAAGCAGGAAAGGGUCCACAGCUGGUGAGAGGUGGUGGCAUUGCUAAUUCUGGAACCAAACCAUAUGAAUAUAUAUGCAUGUGUGCUUUUGAGUUUAAGCGUGUCAUGGUUAAUCCAGAGAAGCUGGGAGAGGGCUGCAGUCAUUGGUUCAGGUACUUUUUUCUGGGGAAAAAAAAAAGAUUUUUUUUUUUUGUAAAAAUGACAAAAGUGUGUGAAAAUGGCACCACUAAAUCUUGGUGUCUGCUGCUAUGCAGCCACCUACUCACAUAGCCUUCAGUCUGAUUUUUAGAAGGGAUGUGUAUGUUUUUGAAUGAAUUUCCUCCUUGAACCUUGGAGAAAACUGAAAUGACUUAUUGUAGAUAAGCAAAAAUACUUUAGUGGUAAUAAAAGAGGAAUCAGAGUAAGUGACAUACUACUAGAGUUGGAAUUUUCUGUUUAUAAAUACAAUUAUUUCCAAAAUUAAAUUUGAAAGCUUGCACUACAAAACUGUGGGUGGAGAUUUUCCUUUUAAAAUUCUGUUUUUGCCAGAAUUCAGUUUCUGUUUGGCAGUUUCUCAUCACUUGAAAAGUCAAUAUUUGGUAACUUUUGGUCAUACCAAAGAAGAAGUUAUGGCUGUUUCUUUCUAAGCUGCCUGCAGUAUUCUUUAAAAAUUUUUCAUAAUAUAGAAGGGUCUAUCUUAAUUGUCUUGUAUGUUAAAAAAUGAUACUUGGAAGAAAACACUGAGUAGUUCUUCUUAGCAAAGAAAAAGUGGCUGAAAAUGGCAUGUUGAACUGAACUUGAGUCAUACUAGGAAGUUUUUAAAUUGAAAAACAAAAGACUUUAUAUUAAUUGGCUUGUGCAGUUUUUAUAUUGCCUGUAAAUAACUGAGAUUGUUAAUUACAUUUUUAAUCUUCCCCAACUUAGGACUUAACCAUUUUUAGUAUGUGAGGGGAAAAAGUGUGUAGAUUUAUUUAUUUUAGGGAAAUAUGCUUGUGACCCCUACCUCUUCCAUCCUCCCUGUCCUUUGAACACCUUUGUUAGUCAUGUAAAUUCAGGACCUUCACUAAUGCCUUCUUUAGCAGAGGGAUCCAAGAAGACUAUGCUGUGAUACUUAGCUCAAAUAAAACGAGGCAGCCAAUUGUUA